GAGAGAAUGAAGGUUUAAUCAGCCCCACGACUGCGGAGCAAUACAGCCUUCCACCUAAAGGAGAUCAGGAGACAGUCUCUGAGAUUUCUGUUUGCAAAGACAGGAAUCCUCACGAAAAGCAUCAUGUCAUCGGAACAGGGGGAGAUGUCACCUUCACAGCCGCCUCACUCCCUCAAAUCAUCAGUGUCCCCGCCUCUAUCAUAUCUCCGAGACAACAUCAAAACAUGGGAACGAAACAGCUCUCUACUGGCGGAUCUGCCCAGUCCCCUCCCUACUAAACGUACCCGCACCUACUCUGCCUCAGCUCGGGCCAAUCUUGGGCCCCUUUCAAAGGGGAAAUGCAAGUGUUUCUCCAGGUCGCAGGGUCAUGGCUUCAUUACACCCAUGGAUGGGAAAGAGGACAUCUUUGUGCACAUCUCUGACAUCGAGGGGGAGUACGUGCCGGUGGAAGGUGACGAGGUCACGUACAAGGUCUGCGCCGUCCCGCCGAAGAAUCUGAAGUACCAAGCAGUCGAGGUGGUGAUCACCCACCUGGCACCCGGCACCAAGCACGAGACCUGGUCCGGGCAGAUCGUUAACUCCUGAGGGAGGCCAGGCCUUGUGGGCUCGGGGCCUUGUCAAAGGGGCCUUUGAAAUGAAGCAAAACAUUCAACGACAGUAAUUGUGGGGAAGAUUAUGUGAUUUGUGAGCUGUGUGUUGUUAUUUAACGGUUUAGGAUUUUAAAAAAAAGAAUUACAUACAAAAUGGAACGGAGUUCCUACAGGCUGGGGAAAGGGGUAUGAUUGUGGCUCUUUGUUUUUUAUCUUUAUUUAUUUUCGCUAAAAUUCACUCACACUGUUGACCGUGAAAUAUUUCUGCUUCAUUACAGCGUCUGGAUCAGAUUAUUCCUCUAGGGGCAUGUUCAGUGGGAGAUGGUAGUGUAACGAUAAUGUUGCUGGCCUAGCAAUCUGAAGGCCCAGCCAUAAGCCUCCCGGUGUUGAGUGUUCAAAUCCCACCCACUACACCUGGUGGAAUUUGAACCUGGACUGUCAGAAUUGUUUCCCAAAAUUGUAAUGUCUAAUACUAGGCAGCAUGGUGAGAGGGGCAAGUUUUCUUUUUAACCCAGAGAGUAAUAGAGGUUGGAACACGCUGCCAGGGGUGGUGGUGGAGUCAGAUACGAUUGGGGUGUUUAAGGGGCUUAUAGACAAGCACAUGAAUAUGCAAGGAAUGGAGGGAUACGGACUGAGGACAGGCAAAAGGGAUUAGUUUGAUUUGGCGUCAUGUUCAGCACAACAUCAUGGGCUGAAGGGCCUGAUCCUGUGCUGUAAUGGUCUAUGUUCUAUUUCUAGUGUAUGCCUUAAUUUACCAAACAUUUCACCUCCAGGCCCUGAAUAAAUAUGGCCGCCACCAUUGUCACCUGGGACCGGUGGCCAUUUUCUUCCCACUGAGGUUGGCGGUGAGCUCACGUUUCAUUCCCGCCCCAAUCUGCAGGACCCCCCCACCAACAAUGUGGGGUUUUCAAAAGUGCGGCCUAUACGUAACUCCUUCCCACCUUAACUCCCACCCAGCGCAAAACCUCACCACCCCCACCCCACCCAAACCCCUAACCUCUGGGAGGGGCAGGGAGGUGAAGGGGCACCUUUGGAGAACUGGGCACGCCUGGACAGUGUAUCUCUGGCACAAAGACAGAAAGUGCUGGAGAAACUCAGCAGGUCAGACAGCACCUGGGGAGAGAGAAAGCAGAGUUAACGUUAAGUGGUGACCCAUCUUCAGUGCUGAAGAUACUGCCAGGCCUGUUGAGAUUAGUUUUCCAGCCAUCUCUGUCGAUGUACCUUCCAGUGAACAUCUGGGUGUCUUCCAGUUCUUGGCCAGAACUUGGUGCUGAGUUGUUUGCUUGUGUUUGUGAUUGGUUUCCCUCUGGAAUUGUUCUUGUUCACAACAGGUAUGGUAAUCUCAAAACCCUGAGGAAAAUACAUGGAGGCAGAGACUUCACAUCUCAGGUUUUCAGUCAGUUCUCUCGGUACUGUGACAUUCCACAGCCAAUGAUAGAAAUUCAAAUCCCUCUGACCCCUACAGAUUCUGAUUGUGAAUACAGCUCCCUUCCAUUUAUCACAUCUGUUCUUUUUGUUAUAUUUAAUUGGAGGAACAUUUAUGCUGCCAUCGAUUCAUUAACAGUUAUCAUCGAGAGGUUACAUACAGAGUAAAGCUCUCGGUACAAUGGUCCAUCAAACAUUUUAACCAAGACUUCCGCCCAUCCACCGAGGAGUCCCUUCUCCUGCCUCCAACACACCCCAUCCACAUGGACACCCCGUGUGGCCUUCGACCCCGCCCUUGACCUCUUCAUUUCAAACUGCUGCCUCUCCUCUCCCCACAUUAUCCCAGUCCCAAGCCUCCAACCUGGCACCGCCCUCCUGACCUGUCCAUCACUCCCCCUCUGACCUAUCACCUUCUCCCUCACCUUCAUCCACCUAUUGCUUUCUCGGCUACCUUGCUCCCAACCCCUAGUCCCUCCCAUUUAUCCCUCAGCACCUGAAACAUGGAUUCUCCUGUUCCUCAGAUGCUCCCACAACAGGGACAGCAGAAGGAGUAAAGCUACCUCUGUAUUGUCCAUAUUAAACACUCCCAUAACAGGGACAGCACAGGGUCAGAUAGAGAGUAAAUAUCCCUCUAUAUUGAGCGCAUCAAACACUCCCAUAAUGGGAUCAGAUCCAGAGUAAAGCCCUCUCAACAUCUUGCACAUCAAGAACUCAGGACAGGGUCAGAUAGAGAGUAAAUAUCCCUCCACUCACUUAAACUAGAAGUAAUGCUACCUCGAUACUGUUCCUGUGAACCAUUUCCAGGACAGAUACAGCACAGCAUUAGAUAGAGAGUAACCCUCCCUCUACUCUUUUCAACUGAAAAUGAAUCUCCCUCAAUUCUAUCCCCAUCAAACACUCCUAGGACAGGGUUAGGUACAGAGUAAAGUUCCAUCUAUUCUUUUAAACUGAAAGUAAAGCUUUUUCUGCACUGUUCAUCAAACACUACCAGGAUAGAUACAGCAUGGGGUUAGAUACAGAGUAAAGCUGCCUCUACACUGCCCCUAUCAAACUCUCCCAGGACCGGUACAGCAUGGGGUUAGACUGCGAUGUCACUACGGGUAAGUUAUGAGCUGUAGACAGGUUAAUCAUUACCAUCCUCCCACCUAUUAACCAGCUUCAUUCCCUCAGAGUGAUUGAAUUCGGAGACAGGGCACCCAAUCUGAUUGGACAGUGUAGAUGUACACAUUUGGAUGAUUUGGUUUGUGACAUCAUUUUAAGAUAUUAAAACGUGCGAGGGGAACAAAUGAUGAAAGUAUUUAACAUAUCUUUCCCUUAAACUUUAUCAAAUAUUAAUUUCCUGUAUUAAACAUCAAGCAUGUUAUAUUAGGGACUGGUGUAACCACUGGAGUGCUUUAAGAAAUGGCGAUUUGAGGCAGUGUGUGCAGGACAAAGCAAGUGAAUUUCACUGAGAUUCCAGUGACAUAAAAGAAUUCUUGGGGAUUAAACGUGUGUCAUAACGUACUGUGUACCUUUUUAUAAUUAAAAUAAUUGCAACCAAA